CCCUAAACCAAAGCCAAACGCCAAACGCCAAAGAAAACCAACCAAAAUGCCCUUCCACCUCCCCCGCUCCAUCCUCCCCCCAAUCCCCUACCUAAUCUUCGGCAUCCUCGAACCUAUCUCCCUCCUCUCCGGCACCAUCUACCCCCACCUCUCCCCAACAUCCUUCAUAAUCUCCCAAAUCCCAACCAACCCCGACCCAACAUCCACAAUAACCCCCUCGUCCCUCUCCCUCGCGUACCAACUCUCCAACAUCUACUUCCUGCUCGCCAUCCUGGGCAUCUGUCUCCUGCAUACGACUUCCGAGCCGCGCGUUAUAAAGUACUAUUUGGGGUGUUUGGCGGUGGCGGAUGUGACGCAUAUACUGGCUGUGGGGUGGGGGAUGGGGAAGCAGAGGUUUGUGGAUUGGGGGGGCUGGAAUGCCUUGACGUGGGGGAAUGUGGGUGUUACGGGGGGGUUGUUUGUGUUUAGGGUGCUUGUGUUGGGGGGUGGGUUGGGGGGGGUGUCUGGUGGGAGGGGGAAGAAAAAAGGCAAGGGAAAAGGAAAAGGGAAGGGGAAGAAGAGGGUAUGA